GUUCCAAAAAAGGAAGAACCACCGAACUUUGAUUUUCUCGAUCUGGAGUUCAAUCGGUUUGGGAAAAAGAACGAGGUGCGCAAAAAGUUGAUCGAUAACGAGGAUGGCGUGCAGCAAAUCACUGAUUUCAUCAAAGUCACCGAUGGCACACAUACGUACAUUGCCCCACGGAACUAUGCCUACACUCGAUUGCCAAACACCGAUUUCGGCGUGGCUCUGGUCACACCGAUCGAACCCACCGCGUUCUACAAUAUCAAACAAUCCGAACAGAUCGAUGUGGCACCGACUGUCGGUGGUGGAUUUGCAAUCAACAAGAUUCCUCUGAGGGAAGUGCUUCGCAGCUGUCGAGCAAUUGUUCCAGAUUACGUACUCGACGGACUACGACUUCCCACGUUAGACGAACCGUCACGUCGUCCGGUUCAGUCCAAACAGUUUCGAUCCGCGGUCAGGAAAAUCACGACAAGUUCGACCACCACAACCACCACCACCGCGACUACUACAACAACAACCGAGACAGAACCGACCACGACAACCGAGGAAGAACUACUGCCCGAGAUGGAAGAGACAACGGAAUCCUCGGGGUUUGAUCUGUUUAAUUUAUUCCAGGGUUUUGCCGGGCGUAAUUUACGCAAACCCCGCAGUGUGCCUGCUAAUCCAACCGAGCUGUCUGCCGAUACGGGGUUAGAUUAUUGUCAAUCAUUGGACCGACCACUUCCGGAGGAAUGCACAACCGGGAUUCCUUUGACCGCGACAUUCGAGCAAAGCUCAUCAGACACGUGGACCACAUUCCGUCCAACCUCCAGUAUUGUGUCCGAACUUGUGGCUGCCCCCAGCACACCAUUAACCGCAGAUGUAGUUUCUACAGAUACAAAGUUAACCACCACAAACCCGGAACCGGUACAACCUGACAGUAUUUCCGUGGACACAGCAACAACAACAACAACAACAACGUCCACAGCAGCAGCAGCAACAACAACCACAACAGAAACAAUUCCAGUCACAGAAAAUAUUGACAAGGUGAAAGAAAAGGACUAUUUGGGAGCCACGCAGGUCCAGACCACUGAUGACACCGAAGCACCGGCGACAACGAAAGCUGCAACCCUCGCGGGUGUCUUGCUUACAACUAAGAAAACGACCAUUACAACUGAAAAACCAUCAAAACCUCUGGACAAAAUAAUCACCACUUCAAUUACAACUACUGAGAUGUCAGAUUCUGCAACUCCUCCUCCUCUGACUGAAAAUGAAGUGAAGAGAACAGUAGACGAGGACACAGUUGAGUCCACCCCGAACACGGAGAAUUCGACCGGGCAGAUUAGCCCGAUUGCUCAAGAGACAGCUAACUUUACGGUUGCAUCAGACUCACCAGAUCACUUUGUCUCUGAAGCUCCGGCGCUUACUAUCCCCAUAUCAACUACCACACACUCGAAACAACAACAACAAGGUCAAUCUGUGCAGUCUACGACCAGUCCCUCGUUGCCGGAAACCGAGGAUACCGCGGCUCCGGAAAAAUCGCAUAUAUCUCUGGCGGCGGCUAAACUUAGACAAAGAUACACGCAAGGGUCAUACAAGCCGUUCACAGUGAAGGCUCCGGUUCACAUGCACACGCCUACUGUGGUCACAUUGAUGGAAUUUUUACGGACUGCUCGACAAUAUGAGAAAAGUAAGAAUCACUACUGUCUGGUAUUAAUCUCUCUCUCUCGUGGUUAA